AUGUCUGCGCCUAACUGGAAGAGCGCGCCAACUCCGCUAAAAGAGGUACCUGUUCACCCCGAUGUAAGAGAAAAAGAGAAGGAAAAGAUUAGAAACGACGUGGAAUUUUAUGAAAGUAUUAGACUCGACCUGAACAAAAAAUCGGCAAGCACAGCGCACAAAGAGGCAAAGGCAGCUUGGGAGAAACAUACCAACAAAAGUACUUGGACAAACCAUGGUCUUAUUACUCGUCGCCAAGAGGAAGCUUAUCUCUCCACCAAAGCAGGGUUAGAUAUUCAGGGAAACAAUGCAAAAGAAUCCGAAACAGUAGGAUUCUUUGAGAUAUGGUUACCAACACAAUUUUCGGAAAAACAGUUUUUCUUGAAAUCUCAAUUCGGAGUCAGGGCAAGGAAGGGUCCAGAAGAACAAGUGGACAAUUUACUGGGUUACAUCACUGUUCACAUGCUCCAACAGCCUAUGAUGAUGAUUGAAGCAAAACGACAUCCAAAACGCAGAGAACAUAUGACACCAGCUGAAAUUACUGCGCUGGAGAAUCAAGUGGAAAAAUAUUGUCGCAAAUGGCUGACGGACAACGCCCAUAUACCGUUUUUGUAUGCAGUCACAUGUGCAUCAACGGAAAUGAGAUUUUGGAUGAUGGAAAGAAAAAGAGAUAUGGAAAGGGCCAAGAUGGUGGGAUUGUGGGAACCGGAUAAACGGACAUGGGAUGAAUAUAGAGAUCCAGGGUUGGAUUGCGAUGCCGACAUUAUAAGUGCAGCAAUCAAUCUGAUCAAAGAUCACCCGAAUGGUUCGGACUUUGCGCUUACUACAACUAGCGAUUCUCAAUCGCAAAGUGACAGAGCUCCAUCCGCAGUUCCGAGUAGAGCAACGGGAGGAACAAGUGGGUCGAGACGUGGAACUCCAAGUGGUGAUAGCAGAGGCGAUAGAACUAGAAGCAGAGAUAGAAGGGACAACAGAUCAGAUGACCAGCCUUCAAGCCAAGAAGAGACUCCUGAAGAGCGAUCAGAAAGACACAAAAGGAGAGAAAGAGCAAAAGAAUUAGAAAAAAGAAAUGAAGACGAAGGUAAAGGGAAAGGGAAAGGGAAAGGGAAAGAAACAAGAAGAUCUGAAAGGGGAGAUAGGGAAAAAGAGAGAGGAGAACGACGUGAGAUGUCUGACAAGCCGCGCUCACUACAGCCAAGCGCCCCAAUCGAUGUAUCUCGAUCAACCUCGAAAGGAGAUCCUAGAAGAUCCAACACAUCAAUAGAUGAGCGUGGAAGAUUAGCUUCAAGUUCCAGUCCCGAGUAUCCCGCACAGGUACCAAUACGUGAACGCGACCGCCGCGAAAGAGGCGAUACAGACAGAGGUGAGCGAGUUUCUACCAAAGAUGGGAAAAGGGUAGAGGCUUCCAGUAGCAGCAAAACUACAGAAUCAAGAAAACGAGAUUUCCAGGCGAGAAGAACAGAUUCUCUUAGUACCGUGCCACCCACUUCGUCGGAUGAUCUGCAUUCCUCUAGUAGUGAUAAUCGAGCACCACGAUCGAAGAGCAAAAAGAGGGCUGAAGGCGCGACAGCUGAUGCUGGAAGGAAGAAGCGAGACAAGCCAUCUGGAAGUGGAUGA